AUGGCGCCCUCAUUCCCCCCUCUACUGGCCUCCAAAGUCACGCUCGCCAACGGCAAAACGAUCCCUCAGAUCCAGCUGGGCGUCUACAUGAUGACUGGCGUUGAGGUCACAAAGUCCGUCCAUUGGGCCCUCCUCUCGGGCUAUCGUGCCGUCGACUCGGCCCAGAUGUACCACAAUGAGCGCGAGGCUGGCGCCGCCAUUCGAGGCUUCCUGUCCUCCUCAGAGAACAAACUCGGCCUCACACGAGAGGACAUCUGGUAUACGACCAAACUGGCCAACUGCACUACAGACUAUGACGAAGUCCGGAAAAGCAUUAAGCGCAGCGUUGAGGUCAGUGGGCUAGGCUACGCGGAUCUCUUCCUGCUGCAUAGCCCGUAUGGAGGCAAGAAUGCGCGAUUGACGAGUUGGAAAGCCUUAGAGGACGCGAUUGAUGCUGGCGAGGUGAGAAUGGGCGGUGUGAGCAAUUAUGGUGUGAAGCAUAUUGAGGAACUUGUGGGCUCUAACCCCCGUAUUGCCCCCGUCGUCAACCAGAUUGAAGUUCACCCCUUCAACACCCAGACAGGUAUUCGGAACACCUGCCUCAAACAUGGAAUCGCCAUCGAGGCGUAUGCUCCUCUGGUCCGCGGUAUGCGGAUGAAGCACCCGCGCAUCCAGGAGUUAGCGACAAAGUACUCCUGCACGCCUGCACAAUUGCUCGUACGGUGGAGCAUCCAGCAUGGCAUGAUUACCCUACCAAAGAGUGUGCGACGCGAGAGGUUGAUGGAGAAUGCGAGUGUCGAGAACGUGGACAUCAGUGGCGAGGACAUGGGGAUCUUAGACGGGCUGGAUGAAAGGCUUGUUACGGAUUGGGACCCGACCGAGACUGCGUGA